GGGCUGCAGCUGGGUCUGGGCUGGGGCGCUGGCCUGCGCGCUCGGCUUCCUUCGCUGCGCUCGGGUGCCACGCCCAGCUCGGCCAUGAACCGGUGCUCCGAGGCGGCGGCGGUGGCGGCCACCGUGCCAGGCUCGGGCGUCGGGGCCGCAGAGCAUCGGCCGCCCAUGGUGCCUCGCCAGGCGUCCUUCAUCCCGCCGCCGGUGCCCAACCCCUUCGUGCAGCAGACGGGGCUCGGCACGGCCAGGCUGCUGCAGGCUUUCCUUCUUGGAAUCAUCCUGCUCCCACUUCGGGUCAUUUUGAUUGGAUUGCUUUUCUUAUUAUCUUGGCCAUUUGCCGCCGCCUUCAUAGCUUGCUGUCCCGAGAAGCCGACUUACCCAGUGACCGACUGGAGACGGACAGUUACUCACUUGGUUUUGAGAUAUCUGGGUUACGCCCUCUACUUUUCCAUGGGAUUUAAAGUGAGUGUGAAAGGAAAGGCUGCGAGCGCUUUGGAAGCACCCAUUUUUGUUGUCGCCCCUCAUUCGUCCUUCUUUGAUGGGAUUGCCUGUAUUGUGUCUGGACUGCCUUCGUUGGUGUCUCGGUAUGAAACUGUCCAGAUCCCUAUGAUUGGCAGUAAGUACUUGAAAGGUCUCUUACGGGCCGUGCAGCCAGUGUUGGUGUCCCGUGUGGAUCCGGAUUCCCGAAAGAACACAAUAAAUGAAAUAAUAAAGCGAGCGACCUCCGGAGGGGAAUGGCCCCAGAUACUAGUUUUCCCAGAAGGUACUUGUACUAAUCGUUCCUGUUUGAUUACUUUUAAACCAGGAGCCUUCAUUCCGGGAGUCCCCGUGCAGCCCAUCCUCCUCAGAUACCCCAACAAGCUGGAUACUGUGACCUGGACAUGGCAAGGAUAUACAUUCAUCCAGCUUUGUGUUUUGACUUUCUGCCAGCCCUUCACAAAGGUGGAAAUCGAGUUUAUGCCUGUUCAAGUACCAAGUGAUGCAGAAAAAAACGAUCCUGUCCUUUUUGCCAAUAGAGUCCGCAAUUUAAUGGCAGAAGCUCUGGGGAUACCCGUGACAGAUCAUACCUAUGAAGACUGCAGAUUGAUGAUUUCGGCAGGACAGCUAACAUUGCCCAUGGAAGCCGGGUUGGUGGAAUUUACUAAAAUUAGCCAGAAAUUAAAAUUGGAUUGGGAUGGCAUCCGUAAGCAUUUGGAUGAAUAUGCGUCUAUUGCACGUUCCUCAAAAGGUGGAAGAAUUGGAAUUGAAGAAUUUGCUGAGUAUUUAAAAUUACCUGUUUCCGAUGUCUUGAAACAACUUUUUGCUCUCUUUGACAGGAACCAUGAUGGCACCAUCGACUUCAGAGAGUACGUGAUUGGCCUGGCCGUCUUGUGUCACCCGGCCAACACAGAGGAGAUCAUCCAGGUGGCAUUUAAGCUCUUUGAUAUUGAUGAGGAUGGCUAUAUAACAAAGGAAGAGUUUUCUACCAUUCUCCAGGCUUCCCUUGGGCUGCCCAGCCUCGAUGUUUCGGGUCUCUUCAAGGAGAUUGCCCAAGGAGACUCUGUUUCCUAUGAGGAAUUCAAAUGUUUUGCCUUAAGACAUCCAGAAUAUGCUAAGAUAUUUACAACGUACUUAGACCUCCAGACAAGCCAUGUGUACUCACUGCCCAGUGAAGUCCACACAGCUGCCUCGGUUGCAAGUAAUAAAGUCUGUCCUGAAGAUCAUGAAGAUAGGACCUCGGACAAAAAAGAUGACUGAAAGCAGUGCCCCAUGAAGAAUAUUGAAAGUAUAAAAGCAUUUAUUGAUAGUAUUUCCAAUGUGCAUGUGAGGAAUGAUAUUUAAAAUUGGGAAGCUUUUUUAUAAAAAUGAUAAGAUUUCUUACUAAAAAUGCUUUUAUUAACCAGCAGAUAUGAAGUGACAUUCCUUCUCUUCUAUGUUAUAUUAUGCUUUACUGGUUUGUUUGCCAGUGAUAAAUACUGUAUAUUUUUAUGGAUUUUUCAAUUUCAUUAGCGUUACCAAAUGAAUACACUGGCCAUCCUAGUUACUGGUCAGCAAUAAUCAACACUGGAAAGAGUUUUAAAAAAUACAAACACUGUUUAAUCCACUUUCCUCUAAAAACCAGUAAUACUGUGUUUCUCUAAUUCCUCCCCUUUCUUAAAAUAAGAAAAGUCUGAGAAGCAUGGAAAAAUGUUGUAUCUUUGCACUCCACAGAUUCAUUUUUUCAUCUAAAUUUUGUUUCUUGGAUCACCUACUGUGGGGAGGAAGGGCUCAUUUUCUCUUUAACAUUCAUCUCUGUUGCAGAUUUCUUUCAACCCACUUCUAAGGAAAUCAUAUCUUUUUACGUGAUCUACAGGGCUAGGACUUGUUUGAAAGCUGACUGCUGUGGCCAGAGGCUAGGUGGGAAUCGCUGUGAUUGAAGGGAACAUUGAUUGCCUAAUGAGAAAAUGAAUUGUUUGUCACAGAGUUGAAUUUAAUUUGGAUUGGAUGGUUCAGAAGGUAGCACUUGUCUGAUAAAUAAAUCAGAUUGGUUCUAUUUAUGUGAUAGUAGAAUUAAUAUAUUUUAUCAUCCAAGAGGGAGUUUUAUUUGUUAAGUGUCUUCUCCAAUUUUAGAGCUUGUCUGAAAUAUCUACAUGAUUAGCAGGAAGCUUCCAAAGUGUCACUAAAUGCCAGAGAAUUGAAAAACCUACUUUAUUAAUGCAAAACCACAGUUUAUGCCCCAGGCAGGAAUCCAGUGGUAACAUUUCUCCUCCAGGUUAAGCAAUAAUUUCCCUGAAGUGCCAUUUGUAUUAGGUCUCAUGUAUGCAUAUUGCUAAUAUCACUUAUAUUUGAGAUUUUGAACAAAGAACCAAUUUAUGAAAAUAAUGUACAUAAAUAGUUUGUUCUUAUUCUGAAUUCAGCCUUCGACACCAAACUCUUUGUUUUGGCUAUGUUUCAGAAUGUAUUAAUGAUUCACCCCCAAGCUAUUUUUUAAAAGUCAUUUUUGAAGCUGAGAAGUAUCAUGAGAAUGUCAGAGAUUAUAUUUGAUCAAGUGUCACGAUUUUAAACUAGUUUUUACAUAGUAAGCAGUUAGUUUUCUAAAUUGAUGGGUAAAUAUGUACUUCGGUAACUGAACACCAGAAAAUUUCAUCUAUAAGUAAAUGUAAUUAUUUACUUCUUAUAUGUUGAAAGCAUUUAGAAAAGGUGUUAAGGUGAGUGGAAACAAUUGAUUAGGUAAAGUAAUUACUAAAUAAUUUUAAUAGUGUCUGUCAUAAGUGAUGAAUGUAUGUAAUACUCAGGUACCAUGAUAUUUUAUCAUGGAAAAAAAACCACCUAAUUUUUAUUAAUCAUUAAAGAAUAGCAUUAUAAAUUAAAGGCUUUCUUUCUGUAGGGCUUUUAAAAAUGAUCCUAUCAUUUUUCUGUUUUAAAAUAAUGGUUUAUGCUCAUUACUUCCACUUUUGAAUGUAAUGUUUCUAUUUUAUGAUUCUGUUGCUGAAUAAACCAACUUGCCACAGUAAA